CAGCACAGGAUGUCGGCCCAACUCGCAAUCUCCUCCCUCACGGCAAGCGCCCGCACGCGCCUCGCCGCGGGGGAUGCCCGUGCGAUGGACCUCUCGCUGAGCCGCGUUGACGCCCACGCGGCUCAAAUCAUGCAGCUCACCGGCCGCACGGCGCACCGGCCAAGCGUGCGUGGCGUGGCGCACGAACAGCUGCGCCGCCUGGCCCAGCUGUGGCUGGUGCUGGCUGCGCUGUACCGCAACCUCGUCAGCGGAAAGAAGCUUGCGCAGAGGGAGCUCUGGUACCGGCUCAAGCCGCUCGGCAUAUUCACCUCGCCACAGCAGGUGUAUGAUCGCGUCUCUGAGUCGGGCGCAAUCAUUGCCGAAUGGACCGGGAAGGCGUGCCCGCGUGAGUCGCUCGGCGUGAUUGCAGCGCCACGCGGCUCGAUGACUGGGACGGUCUCGCUGGCAACGCCCGACGGCCCGAGGCAGCUCGACGACGCGGUCUACGCCAUUCCUGGCGACCCCGAGGAAUGCAGCCGGCUGCGAUUCGCAUCGAGCCGCGCGCGCUACGUCGUGGUAGUCGAGAAGGACACGGUCUUCACGCGCCUGCUCGAUGACCGCUUCACUCGUCUUCUCCCCUGCUUGCUGAUCACAGCCUGCGGCUACCCAAGCCUGGCAGUGCGCGCCCUGGUGCAGCAUGUCGUCAAGGCGCUCGCCCUGCCAUGCGUCGUGCUUACCGACUACAACCCACACGGCAUGGCGCUUAUGCUGUGCUACAAGCACGGGUCGGCCACCUUUGCGAUGGACGGCUACUGCUGCCCUGAGCUCAAGUGGGUGGGGCUCCACACCGCCGACGUGCAGCUGCUCGAGACGCCGACGGCUGAGACUCCCGGCCGGUCGGUGCUCGCGGCAACUUCCUUCCAGCCGUACUCGGACCGCGACGGCGCUAUUGUCGAUGGCCUGCUACGCAAUCCGGUGGUGGCCAACAACGAGCAGCUGCGAUACGAAGCGGAGGCGAUGCGAGCGGAUCGACGGAAGCUCGAGCUCGAGGCGUUGCACGCGCUCGGCCCGGAGUUCUUUGCCUAUUUCCUCCGCGACAAAAUCAUCUCCUCCUGCGCUUGAGUGCGCGAUCAAUUGUGGCGACUGGGGCAUUGAUGAUACAUGAUUUGACCGUUGACACGAAAAUGGCGCCAGAGAAGAAGUUCGCGCGUGCAAGGCCAAGGAACAAAGGAGGAGAGGGAACUCGACUCCGGCCAAUCGCGACUUGUGGCUUUGGCUUCCGGAGCGAAACGUGCUGUCCGCGAGGUCCUCAACGGCGCACACCUCUCGGCGCUCUGGGCGGCCCGGAGCGGAGCGAUUCCGCCGGAACACGCAAGGGGCCCGGCGCUCGAGAUGUCGCAAACACGCGGUAGGACGCAAGAGAGAUGUGUCAAAGAGAGGUGCCGGCCGUGUACCCCCCCCCCGCCCCCGCCCCCCGUGUGGAGGCGCCCACACACGGCGGGGCUCCACAGCAUGCCGCUUGCCGGCAGCGGCACGCGCGGCGGGGCGGGCGGGGGGCGCGGGGGGGCGGCGCAACGGGUCACGACUCGCCAGAAACACCCACACACUAUGGGGUCAUUGUGUAGCCCUGCUUAGAAGGAAAAGGUUUACUG